UUAGGUGAUUAGUAAUGGGGGAAAAGUAAGUAAAUGAUGAUAAAGCGAAAUAGAGAUUUUUAUGGUUCUGUUUUCAUUUAAUUAUGAAUCUAUGAUGAAAAGUGUGUUUUGUAUAUUGUUUUUUAUUUGGACCUUCAUUUGAUAAAUAAGACGGCUAUGACUAACAUGCUACGGAAAACAAAUUAAUCCAGCUAGAAAAGUUACAUAACGAUAUUUUUAUUUGACGUCAAAAAAUAUUUUUUUAUUUAUCGCCAUUAUUUGUCUCAUAAAUACUGCUCAGUCUUUUACCAUGCGACUACUCUAAUACAUCUAAUCUAUUAAUUUAGAGUCCUAUUUUUUAUCUACCAUACAAAAGUCUAUGUUAGACCAUUAAUUAGAAACUAAACUAAUUAUCCUAAAUUUAUGCAUAUAUGAUAUUUUCUAACAGAAACAUUAUAUACAUCUAAACAAUAACAUUCUUAAAAAAAAAGCCAAAUACAUUUCCAUUAUGCAAUUAUUUUGUUUAUCAUAUUUAGUCUAGACCAAACUUUAUAUAUAUUUAAGCAACUAAUUUCGAAAUUGAAUAGUAUAUCCCAAUUCUUUUUGAAAUUAUCAUAAAAUUAUAUACGUAAAAAUUGAUAUUAAAUAUAUAUCUUUAUAACUUAUUUUAUAUUUUAAAUGUUAUUUUAAAAAAAACAUAUAUCCGCACGUAUGUGCGGGUUCAAAUCUAGUUUAUCAUUAAAUAUGGAAGAAAUAACUUACAAUUCAUGGUCUUGGAAUUUCAUUCUUAAACGUACAUAAUAUCUAUACGGUCGAGCAGAUACUAUUAUUUGAUUUAUUGAUUUCCUGUAUUAAAAAAACCUUUGAGAUAUAUCAUUUUUAUCUAGAUAUCUUACCAAAAAUAGAUGUCUCACUAAAGUAUAUAUAGUAAAAUGUCAAAUAUAUAUAAGAAAUUCUUUAUGUCCGCUCAAAGAAAUAUUAAUUAGACUGGAUACAUAUCAUAAAUAAUAGUAAUCAUAAAUUCUAGCUAAAAACAUAAGAUAUGGUUCCAAUCAAGAACUAUUGGACUAUUGGGUGUAUAGUAUAGUGAUGCAGCAUCACUACAUUAGCAUAAAUCACUAAAGUAUAUCAGUUACACAAAAAUUACUAACAUUAAGAUACGAAAUUAAAGUCUUAAGACUCUUUAACGGCAACAAUGUUUUUUUUUCAGGAGAAAAAAGCUAAGAAUGCAUAAAGCGCACAUGUAGUUUGGAAACGUAAAGGCAGACGUCAAGUUUGGUGCUUAACUUGCUAGAAGCAGAAAGGCAUCGGCAAUGCAAUACUUUGAUUAAUUUCUUUCCUAGAUAAUAAAAGAAAAAUAGAAUUAUCGUAACGGUUUUAUGCCGCAUGAUGUCACUUCAGGUCUCCUUCUAAAUCAGCUAGAGGGUUCCAAUACGUUAUGUAUGCCUUUAGACUCUCUCCCUUGUCACAACAAACACAAUAAACUCGCUCCUAUCUCCAUCUCUAAACAAACCUGAAAAAUUGCUAAAGAAACAAAAAUAAGAAUAAAGAAAAGCUGACAAUUUUCCUGAUUAAUAUUCUUUACCACGUUGGAUCUAUCUACAUUGAUUAAUCAUUAUUUCUCCUUCAUAUUCUUCUUCUCUCUCUCAAGAACAAGAGGGUGUCUCUUUCUUUUCUUCUUUCUGGUGCCCUUCUUAGGUUCUUGAGUUUUGUAGAUUUAUUGGCAUGUCGAAGAUCACGAGCCUGAAGCAGGAAGAUGUAACGUUAGGUGAGGUUUCAGAGACGAGGGAAGAGGCGUUUUCAGACAAUACACUCGUGUUGGAAACUUGUCGGAAAAGGAAGAGAUCAGAUGAAGAAGGUGUGGAAGAAGACAAUGACGGAUUCAAAACACCAACUCGUCCGGAGAAUAGAAUCCCUGAGGUCAGAGAAUGUCCACCGGCGCCAAGAAAAGGCGAAAAUAAGUAUUCGACGAUGCACAGAGGUGUAACAAUGUCGUGUCGGAGACGGUUGGGCUUUUCGCCGGGAAAUGCUUCGUUUAUAACGGAUUUGCAGUGGAGGACGACGACCAUGACGAUCAAGAAAUAAGAAAUAGAGAAAGAGAUAAUCUUUUAGUAUUUUUUGUGGUUUUAUUAUUGCCAUUUCUAGGUCACGUUUGGAAAAUAUCUGAACGUUUUUUUCCUGAAGAUAGACAAAGAAAAAACCUUGAUUGAAUUGGUAUUUUGUUUUUAAGAGUUCUUGAUUCUCAAAUAUAUAUUUCUGUACCAAGAUGAUGAUUAUUUGUCCAUUGUUAGUUUUGUUCUUACUUAUGAGUUAUGAGUUACUUACAAGAGAAUAUAUCAUGUAUUCUAUCAUAUAUAUUUGUUUUUAUA